CAUUGGUGACACUCAAUGCUUCGGUACCCCAAGCUCUGGGAAUGGUGGCAGACACAACUGUGGACAUCCGAGUCUACUGGAAGGUGCACCACAGGCUGGACUUUAUCUCUGGUGUCAUUGACUUUGUGAACCAAACUAAAAAGGAAGAGCAGGUGCUGCACUACGGCUUCAGUGUGUGUGAAGGAGAAGCAGUAUGUCGGGAGGCGUACAAAUCUGCGCAGGGUUUUUUGGACCACAUUGAGAAUGUUGAUGGACCCAUUCAGGCCAUUACAGAGAAGCGGACUCGAGUUGUUGGACAAGAACCCAUGCCUGCAGCAGUCCUGUCCAAAGUUGAGGUGUUUGGUCCCGCAGAGGAAGUGGCCCAGUUUGCUCAGCUCAAGGAGAAGGGCAUCGCCUUACAGUGUUGGGAGAUCCAGGAAGCUGUCUAUGAGCUGAGUCAAUUUAACUUAACGGAGAAGGAUGCCCAGGACAACUCCAUCACGUUGGUCUUGAUGUGGUCAUGCGGUAAUACACCGAGCCUGUCUUUAUUGUCUGAGGUGCCUUUCAGACGUGCAGCUUUCUCCAAGAAUGAAAAGAGCAUCUUGGGAAACAUUGUUUGCAACAGCGUUGCAACCGCAGAUGCUGCCCUUGCCGCUCUCCAGAAACUGGGUCCAUUGGUGCGCUUGGAGGCCUAUGGACAUCGAGAAGAUUUGGCCAAGCUGGCAGUCAUAGGCGAGCCCAAGGCAUCCUUGUGGAGCACACUGCACGGAGCCUUUUAUGUGCCUGCGGGCUACAACAAGCUCCUGAGGCGGCGCUCUCUUUAUUCGGAGGAGGAUGACCCUUCGCCCACACGCGCUUUCCUGCGUCAACACAGCGAGUUUGGGAGUGGAACGGAAAGUCGCCCAGUGGAACGGCGGGCCAUCACGUUGCAGCAAUUGAUGGACGUUGAAACCGAAGCCCGAAUGCUCUGGGGUGAGAAGUACGAGGACAACGUGACCCUCCAUGACAUCAACACAGCCAUCAUCCAGCCUGCUUGUGCCAAACACGGCGUGCCCUAUGCUUUGACUGUGAACAAAGAGCCCGGUCUUCAUGCCACGAUCUUCGUGACACAUGCCUGGCAAGAAAACUUCCAUGAAUUUGUGGAAUCCAUCAAGGAUGCCAUCCACAACCCCAAAUCUGUGGAUUUGCGCCUUUGCGGUGUUUCAAACCACGGACAAGACGCUGGUGUCAGAGCAGCUGGGGGACGAUCCACGCCAUGCACCCUUCACCCGUGCGUUGCUACGUGCGGAGCGCUUUCUGGCGGGCUUCAGAGCGAGUGCGAGAGAUGGAGGGGGUUGUGGUGAAUUAAAAGUUAGAGAUCGACCGAUUUGAAAGAUUACUUCAAAUGUGCUGUAUGCCUCAGAUGAAAUCACCGCCCUGGCUGUUUCAACCGCAAAGAUGGACAGGUAGUUCGAAACCGGACCACUGAUAUUUACACUCGGAUUUGGUGCUGUUGGGAGCUCUACAUAGCCUAUAUCAUGGGCUUUCUGACCAGUUCAAAACUGUCAAUUACGGGCCCAAAUGUCUUUGCAAAUGUAAAGCACGAUGUGCUGAGUGCUUAUGCGAGUGACCCCAAAGACAAGGAGCAGAUCCUUGCAGCGAUUGAAGCUGAAGAUGGGGCCCGUGAGCACAUCAAUUUCAUCAUCACUUUGCUUGACCUUUGAAUCGCAUGCGAUUUCAAAAGAUGGCGAGUUGCAGAUCUCGUGUUGAAGUCCCCAUGAUUUGUAUACAUGUUGGUAUUUGUUGUGAAUUGUUCUUGAGAGUACCAUGGAAAUUUCAGUUCAAUCGAACAGGUAGUCACACAAGGCCAUCUAGAGGCUGCUCUUAUCAAAUCGUUUGAAAACACUUUGGAAAGUAAGCUGGUUUGGUUGGCGCACCAGUUUCAGUAAUAGUCAGCUCCACCUCGUCUUAGCAUGGAAAGAUUGCAGUUGUUUCCAGCUCAUCAUGGACAUUUCUGGCACCGGCAGCUUGUGGACGAGGAGGUUCAGCUAGCAUUGAUCGUUCAACAGACCUUUCGGAAGCUCCCUGUUGGGGACCAGAACGCCGGGUUUCGACUAGGAUAGGAAGACAGCUGUUUAGGGAGCAGUGCGGCCGCGUUCAAACUAUCCAGGAUCUUUAAAAACGAUCUGCCAAAUCCACCUCGUCCAUGCUUCACUCCUGCGGUUCAUGAAAAGGAUCCUAGACCUAAUUAGCUGAGACCAAGCAAGGGAAUUGCUGCAAGCAGAACUCAGGUUGCUGCGUGGUUGUUCCAGGACGACUGAUACAAGGCGGCCGAUCUGAGCUCUUCGAACGGCGACGCCAAGAAAAUGAGGGCGCAGAGGUGGAGUAGCAGCUGUACUUUGCC